AGAAAAUUGAAGCUAAAACCCCUAGACGCUCCAGCCGCUAAAAGAAAAAAGAAACCCAACCGAGGGAUCUCGGCUCUGCUUCCUCUCGCCUCCUUCAAAAAGGGAAGAAGCCGCCUUUUCACUCUUGCAGAAGCGGAAGAGGAAAGAACCCUAACCCUUCUUCUUCGCCUUUCCGUUCCUUAUAACAUCACAUUCCCGACACCGAAACUCAUCCGAUCAGUAGAAGUAUGGGAUUAGCGACCAGCCACGCCGCCGCACCCCCACCGCCGCCUCCAACCCAUUCUUCGAAUCCCGUUGGUCUUGGCGUGCUGUUGCCCCCUAAGACGGAGGAGAAGGUAGUAAAGAAGGUCGACUGGCGGAAUCUACCAUGUCCACUACCAUUCGAGGAGAUUCAGCGGGAAGCGUUGAUGUCUCUGAAGCCAGAAUUGUUUGAGGGAUUGAGGUUUGACUUCACAAAAGGCCUCAAUCAGAAAUUUUCUUUAAGCCACAGCGUGUUUAUGGGGUCAAUGGAAGUUCCCUCACAGUCUAGCGACACUAUAAAAGUUCCUACCGCACAUUAUGAAUUUGGUGCCAACUUUCUUGACCCUAAGUUGAUGCUAGUCGGAAGAGUACUUACUGAUGGUAGACUGAAUGCACGAGUUAAAUGUGACUUGACGGACAAUUUAACUUUGAAGGUUAAUGCCCAGCUUACAAAUGAGCCACAUUUUUCCCAGGGGAUGUUUAAUUUUGACUAUAAGGGUUCGGAUUUUCGUACUCAAUUUCAAAUUGGAAAUAAUGCCUUUUAUGGUGGCAAUUAUAUACAGAGUGUUACGCCAAAUUUGUCAUUAGGCGGUGAAGUUUUUUGGCUUGGUCACCAGAGGAAGUCUGGCAUUGGUUUUGCUGCUCGAUACAACACAGAUAAAAUGGUUGCAACUGGGCAAGUCGCAAGCACUGGAGUUGUGGCGCUAAGUUAUGUCCAGAAAGUAUCUGAGAAGGUUUCCCUUGCAUCAGAUCUCAUGUAUAAUCAGAUGAACAGAGAUGUAACGGCUAGUUUUGGCUAUGAUUACAUUCUCAGACAGUGUCGUCUAAGAGGUAAAAUUGAUUCAAAUGGCGUUGUGUCCUCAUUUUUGGAAGAACGGCUGAAUAUGGGUGUAAACUUCAUUCUUUCUGCCGAGAUCGACCAUAGAAAGAAAGAUUACAAGUUUGGAUUUGGCAUGACCGUUGGAGAAUGAAUUUAAAAGACUUUUACUCUUCUUCAGCAACAGUUAGGGUUUCUGGGCCUCUACAUAGCCACAGACCUGCUGACUGAGCACUUGAGCUCUGUUGGUUGCUUCACCUGUAGACUUUCCGGCAAUAUAUUUGCUGUCUUUGCUUUAAAAAAAU